UGUUUUGACAUGUGUCUAGGUAGUAAGAUAUGACUGUCGUAAGUUAAGUAUAAGACGAUUUUUACAAAGCGAUUUUAAAAUAAAAAUAAACAUGGAAUCGUGUUUGGCUGUUGAAAAAGACGUGGUAAAAGUCCUGACUAAAUUCAACGCAUUCAACGAUCACAGCAAACGUGUAGUCACAGAGCUAAUUGAGCAAAUCAACGGCUUGAAAGCAGAAUUGCAAAAUGCUCCUGAAGAUCACACUUUGACAUUCAUCCAACAGGAGUUACUUAUACAGACAAUGACAAAAAUUAAAGAUACUGUUUCAAGACUAGCAAUAGAACACAGAGACUUGCACAGUUCUGUGUCCAAAGUUGGAAAAUCUAUUGACAGAAAUUUCACGCCAGAUUUUGCCGCCUGCAGCAGGGAGAAUGUUUUUAACAAUCCGGAAAAAAUGGACAUUAUUAAUAAAGUUAUUUGCAAACACUACUACAGGCAAGGAAUGCAUGAUGUAGCCGAUGCAUUGCUAAAGGAAGCACACGUAACUGUCGAAAGAUAUGAGAAGGAGCCAUUCACAGAGGUGCAUCACAUUUGCGACAGUUUAAAAAACAAAGAUCUUGAGCCAUUGUUAGCAUGGGCGACCGCACAUCAUGAUUCACUUGAAGCUGAGAAUUCGCCUCUCGAAUUUAUGACACACCGCUUAAAGUACAUCGAGCUAUUAAAACUGGGCGCCGGAUUCCAGUCCGAAGCCAUUGCCUAUGCUAGAAAUCAUUUUAGAAACUUUGUUCAAAAGCACGAAAAGGAUAUACAAACCUUAAUGGGCAUGUUGCUAUAUGUACCCAACGGAAUAUCCCAUUCGCCGUACGGCAUCUACUUUUCUACGGAUACUGAAAUGUGGUUGGAAAUAUAUGACUUAUUUAUAAAGAAUGCUUGCCAGUUGUUAGGAGUUUCUGAAAACAGUCCACUGAUUACUUGCAUUAACGCAGGUUGUCAAGCUAUUCCCGCUCUCUUAAACAUCAAACAAGUAAUGAUGCAAAGACAAGUCAGUCAAAUAUGGAAGGGUGCUGAAGAACUACCAAUUGAAAUUGAUUUGGGUUCUGAUAGCAGAUAUCACUCCAUGUUUGCCUGUCCCAUUUUAAGACAACAAUCCACGAAAAAUAAUCCUCCCAUGCGCUUGAUAUGUGGUCAUGUUAUUUCAAAAGAUGCUCUACAAAAGCUGGCAAACGGAAAUAAAUUGAAAUGUCCGUAUUGCCCGAUGGAGCAAUCGCCGCAAGAUGCCAGACAAGUAUAUUUUUAAAACAUUUGAAAAGUUUAAAAUGCAUUAAACAGAGUUUUAUAUCAGUAAGUUUUAAUGAAAGACUUAAGCUCAGUAAUUUCCUAACAUAUUUUUGGCAUUGCCCACCGAUUUUUGUGGAAUGAAUUUAUUUUAACCCUGCAGCAAUACUUUGUUAUAUUAACUGUAUAUAUUUUGAGAAUCGUUAAGGCUGAAAAAGCUAACAGAAAUUAUGGUUAUUGGAGAAAGAAUUUUGUAGACACAAUGUACUUGAAUUAUUUAUAUGAUCUUCAGAAUUUAACAAUUGAUUUGUAGUGAUAGUGACUGUAGGCAGUUGAAUGAUUGGUUGAAAACUACAACUGCCUAAGACGGAAGUAUUUAGUUGUUAUAUUCUAAGUAUAUAUUUAUCUAUAUUUGAAAUUAAAGUAAUUAUGUGUAAUAAAACUAGACAUGCAUACUUUUUACAGACUAGCUGUUUGGAAAUAAAUUUAAAUGAAAUAAAUAUGUUUCUAAUUCGAGGACUUUUCAAAUGUAAUUGCCGAAUUUUGUUUGUAGUUACGCGUUGAUUGCCACUGAACGAGAAACGCUUUUCUAAUGGUAAUGUUCACAAUGUAUUAGCAAUACACAACACUGUAGAUUAAAGUAAUAUGAUGAAGAGCAAAUGAAUGCAAGGUCCCAUCUAUAUUUGUUAACAAGUCUAAAAUCUAUAUAUUGGCCUUGACAUUAACGAAACUAUACGAUACUAAGAAUUAUUGAACAAAAUUAAGCAAAACAUGUUUGUGUUGUUCACGAUAAAAGAGGCUAAAGAUUAAUUCCCACUAGAUAAAUUUUAAGCUAAUUGAGACUGUUUCAGCAACUAGGACGCAUUUGACCAUUUGUUAUUUUAGGCAAAGUGUAACUGAAAAAUGAGAGCUGUUCUUACAUUAGUGUUAAUAUUUUAUUUGGCAACAAGUUGUAUUUGUUAUAAUUCUGGUCAGUAUGCACAGUACAACACUCGAAAUGACCUGGAUUGGUCUGCAUACACUUACAGUAUUGAUGAAGGCAAUUGCGACGGAUCCAAGUUAGCUGAUGAGGAUGUUACCAAAGAGGCUGACGAACAUACGUAUAAAAAAACGACCUAUACCUGGACUGGCAGAAACAUGUUCUACUUAACAUGUAUAAGAGUUUUGAAUCGUAUGCCUCGAGAUAGAAAUGCUGGAGAAACUCGUAUCACGGAAGGAGGUGUUGGACAAGGACAAGUUCGUAUUGAAAUGCGGUCACAAGACUCUCAAAAGCUGAAUUUCCACGUUGAAAUUUGGGGUAAACCAGUGAAUUCCGCACCAAAUAUAGCUAUUGUUCCGAGUAGAGCGGAUAAUGUAUUAUACAUGAAUGGAAAGAAGUACUGUGAAUGCCGAUAAGGCUAUUUGCUAUAUCUCGGAAUUUAGUUAGUAGCUUGUUAAUACAUGUAUAUAUUAUUACAUUUUUAAUUAGCAUAAUAAUUUUGAAGAAGAAAUUUGAAAAUCC